UAAAACGUUGUGCAUCUUAUUGUCUGUCCUUUUCACCUCAUACAUCGGACAACUUGAUCAGCAGUUUGCAUAGAGAAGAUUCCAACCUUCUUCUUCUUCCUCUGUUCACAUUGAGCAUGUGAAUCUCGAGGUGGUCGAGCUCUUUCGAAGCCCUAUAAAACGCCAUGGAUUGCUUGGGGAGAGUUCAGGUGAGCCUUGUGUUCCGACGCCUAAAAGAUCAUGGCUUCCGGUACUGUGGCUGUGGCUCCCAACUCCUGCUGCUUCCAUGUUUCUUCAGCAAAACCCAGAUUCCACUCCAUUCUGAUGAACCACCCUCCAAAAUCUUCGCUUAGGAUGAGAGCUCAGGGGCCGGGAAUCUCCGAAACCUUCUCCGAUUUAAGAAGACAAGGAAGAGUUGCAUUUAUACCGUACAUCACUGCUGGUGAUCCUGAUCUAUCGACAACCGCAAAAGCCCUGAAGCUACUGGACUGUUGUGGUGCUGAUAUAAUCGAGUUGGGGUUGCCAUACAAUAAUCCUAUUUUGGAUGGUCCUGUGAUACAGGCAUCAAACAAAAGAGCCUUGGCUGGCAAGACAAACAUGGAAGCAGUCAUCUCAAUGUUAAAGGAGGUAGUUCCACAAAUCUCUUGUCCGAUUGUAAUAUUCUCAUAUUACAAUCUAAUACUGGCCCGCAGAAGUGAAUGGUUCUUGUCUGCAUUGGAAGAUGCUGGUGCCAACGGGCUUAUUGUGCCAGACCUUCCAUUUGAAGAGAGUGCUGAUUUGAAGAGAGAAGCUGCCAAGAAAAACAUUGAUAUGGUUUUUCUCACUACACCUACUACCACAAAGAAGAAAAUGAAGGCCAUUUCUGAUGCUUCAGAAGGAUUCAUAUACCUAGUAAGUUCUGCUGGAGUUACUGGUGUAAGAGAUACUGUGAACAGACAAGUCCAGUUUCUUCUCAAGGAAAUCAAAGAGGAAGAAUCUUCUGCAAAUCUAAGCCAGAUAACCUGUUUAUCUUGUUCCAUGUUCUCACAGAAAACUGCAAAGCCUGUUGCGGUUGGCUUUGGCAUAUCAAAACCAGAGCAUGUUAAACAGCUUUCACUGUGGGGAGCUGAUGGUGUUAUCGUCGGAAGCGCAAUUGUUAAGCUGUUAGGGGAAGCUAAUUCCACAGAAGAAGGAUUAAAGCAUGUGGAAUCCUUUGUGGCAUCUUUAACAGCAGCACUUCCUCACGGGGAUCAGGGACUUGGAGAAGAGCAUGCUUCUUCCUUCAUCUUGCAACAGAGGAGAAAAUUGUGGCAAGUACCGCGAUCUGCAUCUUCCUCAUCUCUGCAUCAGCAUCACUGAGGACGUCAGAAACUAGUCUACAUUCCCUUCCGCUUGUGGUCGCUGUAGAUUGUUGAAUGCGUGCUGAUAUCCAAGUCAAAAGUACAAAAUGGUACUUGUGGACCAUAAAACAAGAAAUUAUCUUGUGCAAGCAAUGGAGUCUUCUUAGAUGUUGAUAUGCUAAAUAUUUUGGUCUUCUGCAUUUUGUUUGAUACGUAUGUGGCCAAAAUAACAUACCUGUUUCAUGCU